CUUACUCUUCUCCUCUACUCUUCCUCAUAAUUCUUGUUCUUCCUCCUUGUCUCUCUUCUCGUUUCCUCUAAUUCUAGCAUUUAGGGUUUCUGAUGAGUGUUUCAAAACCCUAGAAUUGUGUGCACACCUCUUCAAUACAAAGUGUUUAAUACAUAUAUCUCGAAUUGAUAAUCGAAAUGAGUGCUGUGAACAUCACUAACGUGACUGUGUUGGACAAUCCGGCGUCGUUUCUCACUCCCUUCCAGUUCGAGAUCUCGUACGAGUGUGUUAGCUCUCUCAAAGACGAUCUGGAGUGGAAGCUUAUAUAUGUUGGAUCAGCUGAAGAUGAGACCUAUGACCAGCUUUUGGAAAGUGUUCUUGUGGGGCCUGUCAACGUUGGGAAUUAUCGUUUUGUUUUUCAGGCGGACCCUCCCAAUCCAUCAAAAAUUCGUGAAGAAGAUAUCAUUGGAGUGACAGUCCUCCUGCUAACUUGCUCUUAUCUGGGUCAAGAAUUUGUUCGAGUGGGCUACUAUGUGAAUAAUGACUAUGAUGAUGAAAAGCUCAAAGAGGAACCUCCCCAGAAAGUACUGAUAGACAAGGUCCAAAGAAAUAUAUUGACCGACAAACCAAGGGUGACAAAGUUUCCCAUCAAUUUUCACCCAGAAAAUAAUGAGGGUGGAGAACAAGCUGAACAAGCCUCUCCCAGUCAUCCAGCAGAAGCAGAUGCAGUUGAAGAACAAACACCUACUUUACUUGAACCACCUGCAGAUAAAGAGAAAACAAUAGAGUAGAUGGUUUGUAUGGGUACCUGACUCAGCUCAAGUGAAUGCCAACAAAGUUUAAAAUUUUGGUAAUUUCCAUCACUAGAGAAUUAGUUGAUGUUAAACGUGGAGUCAUGUUUAGGUUGUCUAUGAAUUGAAAUUUUGUGAUGUUUCUAGAAACAGUUUUUGGUCAUUGCUAGUGUUCUGUUCAGUGCAUCGGUCCAGUGACAGCCAUGUGUAGAAUACUUUGGGGAGUGUCCUUAAUUAAAUCACAAAAAUCUUCAAAUUUGUUUGUUA